CAGAGAGGACUUAAAAUACAGGACGUUGCUAUACUUUCAACUUGGUAGCUGAGGUUAAGUGAAAUAACAAACAAUGGCGGCAACGGAUAAUAACAUUCACGAACAUAUCGCAAGACUCAGGCUGAAAAUGGUGCAACAGAAACUGGCCAGGGCUAAGGGCAAGGCGGUGAGAUCUCCAUCGCCCCAAGAGGACGGUCCCACAGACAAGGACCAUCAUUUCAGACUACAGCAAGCUGUUCUACGGAGGCAGGAACUUCUGGACAGAAUCAGGCAAGAAAAUGAGCGAUUACGUCGACCAAAGUCAGACGGUGGUAAGAAGAGAAAGCCACCUUCACCGCCACCAUCGCGACGGUCGUUACCGGAUUAUUCCACGAAACACAUAAUUGAGCACCAGGUAAAACCCAUAAGUCCUGUGACUCCGAGGCUACGACCCAUAGAAAACCCACCGCAGCCGCCACCUCCUCCUCCUCAGCCGUACAUCCCACCGCUGCCACCACAGUUUCCGUCCCAGGUGAUACAACAGGGACCCUUCCCAGCCGACACCAGCACCAAGACUAAUAAAGGAGAUUUCAUGGAAAUGUUGAUGAUGCAGAACGCACAGCUACACCAGCUGAUGAUGCAGCAAAUGAUGAUGUCAAGUAUCUCUGGAAGUAACUCUUCAACAAAACAGUCAGUCCCACAGUUUACGGUCCCUCUAAACCUCUACCCACCGGAGUACCCCCAGCCACCGCCACAGCCACAGAUUUUAACAGUAAAGAAUGACAGACCAGCGUCAGUUCACCAUCAUCACUACAGCCUGAGACAGGAGGCGCCACCUCCGCCCCAACCCCAACCCGUGAUCCACCACGUGACACAACUACCCCCUAUACAGACGUGA